UGUAUUUGGUGAUUCAGCUACCUGGUUGCAGCUACUGGUCUGCAGAGCUUGUGGAGUCUUACACUAGCCAUGGUUGACGUCUAUGCUAUUAUGGUCAAACGUUCACUACAGAACCGUCGUCUUGUGAGCUUGUUUGCAAUCGGUGAUGGGGUUACAUCGACGCUGACUUUUGCAGCGGCUUGUGCAUCGGCAGGCAUAACGGUUCUGAUAGACAACGAUCUAAAUAGCUGCGGACAAAACCAUUGUGUUCAGUUUGAAACAUCAACAGCAUUAGCCUUCAUAAGCUGGUUUGCUGCUUUGCCCUCUUUUCUCUUCAACUUCUGGUCUCUUGCAUCUCGUUGACACGACCGCUGUUCAGCAAGAUGCGUUUUCAUGGUGUGUUUUUCAGUGUAUAGUAACUGAUUUUUCUUCUUCUUUCUUCGUUUUGGGGGGUUGGAACCAACUUUCUUCAAACCCAAUACUGGGAAACUGGGAAUUGUUUUGUACUUGUAGAACCUUAUUCAUCUUGUUGUUGUACACUGACAAGAUUCGGUCGGCUUUGUACUUUGAUUGAAGAAAUCUAAGUUCUCAAAUGCUUCAUCAAGCUCCUAGUACUUGGAGGCUUGGAGCAUUAUUA